AUGUCUUCAUCUGAACGUUAUCUAACUUCAUCUGCAGCUAUUGAAGUAUCAGAAGUGGAGCCCACUGCUUCGCGCAGUAACUCUCUCAGUAAGAAUGAUAGGAUUGAAUAUGAUAGUGCUGAGAUCACAUCCUCAGAUGAAGAUUUCCCAGAACCAACGGACGAAGAACUCUCAACUCUUAGAAAAGUUGCUGGUGCCAUUCCUGCAACUGCGUACACUCUAUGUGUUGUUGAAUUCGCUGAACGUGCUUCUUACUAUGGAUGUUCCAAUGUCUUUUCGAAUUUCAUUCAAUUUCCUUUGCCCAAGGGUGGUAACGGAGCUGGUGCACCACCUAGGGGUUCGGAGGAGACUGCUGGUGCUCUGGGCCAAGGUCUGCAAGUAGCCUCUGCACUUACAUUAUUAUUCACAUUCCUCGCUUACACAAUUCCAAUUCUUGGAGGCUAUAUUGCUGAUGUUAAAUGGGGACGAUACAAGACUAUUUGCUUCGGUAUUUUUGUUUGCGGUGUUGCCCACAUCUUAAUGACCAUCGGAGCUAUUCCGUCAAUCCUUCAAAGAGGUCACGGUAUGGCCCCAUUUGUUAUCAGUCUGCUAAUUUUGGCAUUUGGUGCUGGUAUGUUCAAAAGUAACAUCGCCCCCACAGUCAUUGAUCAAUAUCCUCACAAGAAACCAUAUGUUUCAGUUCUUGCAACCGGAGAGCGAGUUAUUGUUGACCCUGAGGCUACGGUUCAAAAGAUUCUUCUCACUUACUAUGGUGUAAUCAACAUCGGUGCAUUCUUUGGAUUGGUAACCACUACUUCUGAAAGAUAUGUUGGAUACUGGCUUGCGUACUUGGAACCGGGUAUCGUUUAUUUCUUGUGUCCUAUUGUUCUGUUCUUUGCCUAUAAAAAAACUGUAAAGGUUCCUCCUCAAGGAAGUGAAUUAACACAAGUAUUCAAGAUUAUUGGAACCGCUAUCAAGAAGGGUGGCCUCAAGAAUAUCACCAAUAUGAGAUUUUGGGAGGCUGCUAAGCCAUCCAAUUUGGCAGCUGCAGGGGCUCUCACAGAAUCCGUCGACUGGACUGAUUCACUUGUUGACGACGUCAAGCGUACAUUCAAGGCAUGUCAAAUCUUCUUAUUUUUUGUUGUUUACAACUUGAAUGACGGUGGUAUUGGUAGCAUUCAAAACAGUCAGGCUGCUGCUAUGACAACGAAAGGAGCUCCAAAUGAUUUGCUAAGUAAUUUCAAUCCUUUAACUAUUAUUGUCCUGGUUCCUAUUCUCAAUUAUGGUCUCUAUCCUUUCUUGAGAAAGCGUAACAUUAAUUUCGGCCGUAUUUCUCGUAUCACAUUUGGAUUCGUUCUUGCCGCUUUGUCUUCUGUCAUUGGAGCUAUUCUUCAGUGGCGUGUAUAUAAGACUUCUCCAUGCGGUUACUAUGCCACUGACUGUCAAAUUGGCGAUGGUGUUAGUCCUCUCUCUGUCUGGUGGCAAGUUCCUCUGUAUGCUCUUGGCGCAGCAUCGGAAUGUUUCUGUAAUGUAACCAUGUAUGAGUUGGCAUAUGCUCGAUCACCAAAGAAUAUGAGAGGCCUGGUUAUGUCUUUGUGCUUAUUCACCACUGCAUUGUCUAGUGCUGUUGCUGAGGCCGUUACUCCCGCUCUCAUCGAUCCCCAUCUCAUUUGGCCAUUUGUUGGUACCGCUGUUGCAGGUUUCGUCCUGGCUGCACUCUUCUAUUACUUGUACCGUGAGUUGGAUCACGAUGAAUUUUAUAACAUUGAAGGUGAGCAAGAGGCAGUCGCAAGUUCUGGUAUCGAAGGCCUCCAUGUCGACGAAAAGGUGUAA